UAGCAUGUUACGGUACCAAGUCUUACUGCAUUUGUUCAUACGCUUUAGAUUGUAUAGGAUAUCAUCAUAUACCAUAACACACGAUGUAGGCUGAGUAUAUCAAAAUAAGUAUCGGUGGGGUAGAUGGAUAAGCCCGUAUUUAUUACUGGUUCUUAAGGUUUCCAUUUCCGUGGGAUAUAUAAGAUGUUAAAUAUCAAAACAAACUUAAUUUUGCUUCGGAUCUGCUCACAUUAGAUAACUACCGUCUGUCCAAUAACUUGCCUUAAACGUUUGUCCGUCGAAAUCGCGCUUGUAUUGUGUCUUUUAGGAACAGUUUGGUGGUUUUUUCUUACGUUAAGUGGUUUCAAGGAAACUAUGUUUAUAUUUUAUGGUUUUGAGAACACGGAAUUAAAGUAUGGAUGAUACUGUAUAACAGAUAUUUCAGGCGAUAAUUUUUUCAAACCUUAAGCGUUUGUGAUAAAAUUUGUUUUAUUUAACAGGCUGUACAUUCAUAACAUAUACUUCCUUGGUACUGUUUUUUCUUCAGACUUUCUAAACUGACAAUGAAAGUCAAAGAGUUGGAGAAGUUCGCUCAUUCGGCCUGGUCACCUCUUUCAUGCAAUCGUACUUAUUUGGCAACUGCCACCGCAGAAGAUGAUCGCGAGGCAACUGGCUCAAAUAUAAAUACAAGCAUUACUUCUCCGACAUUAGAUAUUUAUGAAUUCAAUGUUAAGGAAAGUAAUAUGUCUAUGCAAAUGAAUGUUAGUUUACAAAUUAAAGAAAAAGCUACAAGUUUAUUAUGGACAUCACCUAUCAAUAAUGAUCAUUUAGAUCUUGGUUUACUUAUUAUUGGUUCAAUGUCAGGUAGUUUAUAUUUAUAUGAUAGUCAAAAAUUAAUUUCUGCAAGUCAAAAUCAUCUAUCAUCAUCACAGAUUACUAAUAAUAUUAAUAAAUCUUAUCAUAUUAAUCACAUGGAUACUACUAAUACUAAUACUACUGAUAAUAAUGAAAAUGAUUAUGUAACAACAUCUAUUCAACAAUUAUCAUCUAUUUAUAUUACUGAGAAUAACACAUCAAAUUAUCUGUAUAAAUCAUGUGAAAAUAUUCAUAAUAAUGUUGUGAGAAGUUUGGAUUUCAAUCGAUUUCAGACAAAUCUUUUUGCUUCAGCAUCGAACGAUGAAGAGAUAUUUAUUUGGGAUGUUGGAAAAAUGGAACAUCCAAUGUCACCCGGUUCAAAAAUACAACCUUUAGAAAAUGUAAAUCAAGUUGCAUGGAAUCCACGUGUUCAACACAUAUUAUGUACAACUAGUAUUGGUCGUUGUGUUAUAUGGGAUUUACGUAAAAGUGGACCAGUUUUACAACUUACUAAAACAAUGUGUCAACUAGAACCACAAAUGAUGUCAUGGAGUCCUGAUGUUGCAACUCGUUUAUGUAUAGCUGAUCCAAAUAAUCCAAAUGCUAUAGUUCAAUUAUGGGAUCUACGUUAUCCAAAACAUAUGCUUUGUUUAUUAAGUCAUUGGCCACCAUCAUCAUCAUCAUCAUCAUCUAAUUUAAAAACAACUAAUUUAUUAAAUAAUUAUACAUUAGGUAAUGCAGGUACAGUAAAUUCAUUAUGUUGGGGUAUACCGGUAUGUCAAAAAUCAAUGAAUAAAUUAAAUUUUUAUGAUAAUGAUAUGAUUAUUAUGACAAUUGGUGCUUCUGGUUCAUUACCAACAUUAAAUGGUAAUUAUGGUACAAAAUUAAAUCCAACAUAUGCUGAAAUGUUAGUUGUUUGGAGUGUUGAUCAAGCAUUAAACUGUACACCGGAUAAUGUAACAUGUCAAGAAGCUUCACCAGAACCAAUAUUUAUUGGUCGUUUAGAAGGUUUCGAUGAUCAAGAAUUAGCUAAUCCAUUAUUAUGUUUUAAUACAAUACCAACAAAUGCAUCUAUUCAAUGGAUACCAAAUCAUCCUAAUUUAAUAUGUAUUACACAAUCGGAUGGUUGGAUAACAAUAUAUAAUUUAUCAAGUGGUAUUAAUAAACAAAUUGAACAAUUAAAUAUUGAACGUUAUACUAAACAAUGUAUUCUAGCUCAAAAUUCAUUCAAUUUACAUAAUUCAAAUAAAAUAGCUGAAGUAUUUCAUAAUGAACAAUUAUUAAUUGAUUAUAAUACUACUACUACUACUACUACUAGUACUACUGAUAAUACUAUGAUCCAUACUACUAACAAUCAUAAUAGUAGUAUUCAUUCAAUAAACACUAAUGUGCAAUCAGAUUCAUUAUAUCCUGUUUUAAUGGAUGAUGGUAUAGUGAAUAAUAUUGAUAAAGAACAAAUGAAUUUAGGAUUAGAUCAAUCAUUGUUGAAUAAUUCGAAUUCUAUGAAGUUAGCAAAUCUUUCAUUACUUCAACCUAUGCCAUUAUUACGUGUUGCACCAAGUUGGUUGAAGAGACCCUGUGGUGUCCAUUUUGCUUUUGGUGGAAGACUUGUCACUUUUUCAUCUUUAACAAAUCCUCAAUCAAAACGUACUCGUACAAAUAGUUCAAUGAGUAAUUCAAAACAAACUGAUCCAAAUAAUCGAUCAUCAGAUAUUACCAAUAUUGAACAAAAUUCAACAAUAGGAACAGUAUCAGAUCAAAAUCAUUUGAAUUCUACAGAAUUUCAAUCAUAUUAUGUUUUUAUUAAAUGGAUUGAUGUAUUUCAAUUGGAACCAAUAUCAUCGACAACAGUACAACUACAUUCUACUGAUGGAUCAGAUGAUCAGUGGAAGAAUUCUAUGCCAAAUAUAAUUGAAUGUUUGAUCAAUGUACUUAAUUGUUCCAAUGAUUAUUUAAGUACAGUUUGUGAAAAUGCUAAAACUUUAUUUAAAUCAUCGUUAACACAUAGUCAAGAUCAUUUGGAUUUAUGGGAUGUAAUUCAAGCUCGUUUAGAUAAAUCAACUUCAGUUAAAUCAUCAUUAUCCAUUUUGUUGGGCUACAGUAAACAAGAUUUUCAAGAUUUCAAUGAGUCUACAUCUUCUCAACUAUUGGAUGCAUUGAAAUAUGCUCUCGUUAUCAAUGAUAUGAAAACAAUUAUUCAAUUAUGUUUACAUCCCAAAUUUUCAUCAUUAUCCCUGCCAAAUCUUUCUACAUUGAGUGUUUUCGCUGUUAUGUUAGCUGAUUUACAUCGUUCAGAACAAAUCGAUUUAUAUGAAAAUAUAAAAUUGAAAUUAUAUCAUACUCUAAAUGAAAUCUCAUUGAAAGAUCAUUUCAUUCAUAGGGAGCCAAUUUUGAAUUCUGUCAUCAUGUUAUUCAAUUGUGUAUUAAUACGAGAAAAUUGGAUUAAUAUUGUUGUUAAUUGGCCAUUAUCAGAUUGGAAAACUAUAUUAACAGCAUUUCUGAAUCAUUUAUGGGAUCAAGAUAUUGAUUUGUUAAGAAAGUUAUGCUCAAUGUUUGCUAAACGUCUACUUGAUCAUACAAAUAAUGAUAAUGGUAAUAAUAAUAUUUCAUAUGAGUUUGGAUUAGCUGCAUGUAUCUGUUGUAUUAUUGGUGAUGAUCUUGAUUAUUUAACAGAAUGUUGGUUACAUUUAAAUAAUAUAAAUGAAAAUCAUUUGGAUCAUGUAAUAAAAUGUUUGCCAUUAUCAUUACUACUACUCUUCUUAUUUCGUUUAUCUUCUUCUUGUUCUUCUAAUGGAAUGGAUCAUCAUUAUACAUAUAAAUCAAGUAAAUUAUUAAUUCAUCUAGCUAUAUGGUUAACGGAGACUAGCUUCAUUGGAGUCAAUAAUGAUGAUAAUCAAUCAAAUAGAAAUUAUAAUUUAAUUGCUUUUAAUUUAUUAACAAAAACUAUAUCAACUAUUGAAUUAUAUUCCCAAACAAUGAAUCAUUUAAUUGAUUUAAGACAUCGUCUAUGGUGUAAUCUAAGUAUGGAAGAACAACAACAGCAGCAACAGCAAAUAUUAUCCACUGAAUUAUCACAACCAUUUCUAUGUCCAUAUCCACAUAUACAAUGUCAUUGUGGUCUAUCAAAGGCUAAUUCAUCCACGGAAAUGCAAUCAUCUUUAUUUGUUAAAACAACUAAUAAUAAGAAUUAUUAUCAACAACAACAAUCAGUUAAUUAUCCAUCUUUAUCUAAUCGUCAAACAAUACAGUAUACAUAUCAGUCAAAUAUAAAUCAAAAUAAUCUGAAUAGUUUCAAUUAUCCAACUAUUUCUUCAUCUUCCUCUAAUUGUUUAUCGUUUCAUGAUAGUGCUGUUAGUGUACAGACAAGUACAUCUAGACAAAAUCAAUCUACAUUCAACUUUUCGCCUAUUUCAUCACAUAAUGCCGAUUUACCGCCAUCGCUUACUCCUCCUGUUCUAUCCACAAUGAUGUCAUCAUCCUCCAGCUCCUCAAAUAUUUACCCUCCAUCGGGUCUACCACCUGUGAAUUCAAUAAAUCAAUCCAAUUUAUCCUCAGUUAGACAAUUACCAUCUGUUGUUACACCAUCACCUCUGCUAGAUGCCAAUUAUAACAAUAAUAAUAAUAGAAACUAUCCUGUAAUGAACCAUCGUUAUGUACAACCUCCAAAUAAUAAUCUAUUAGGAUCAGAUUCCGUUUCUGGAAAUAGUAUGUCUAAUGUGUUAAUGCCGCCAGUGCCUGCAUCACCACCAGCACAAUCAGCCCAAAUGAUUACAAACUUUGGGCAUAACAUUGGUGGAUCAAUGCCUCCUAGUUUUCAAUCAUUAAACACUAUGCCUUAUGGUAUGCCAACACCCACUCCCCAAUUCAAUGUUCAACAGCAGCAAGAACACAAUCAACAACAAAUGCGACCACUUCUACCGACAUUACCACAAAAACAGCAUCAAUCAUCAAUGAUGACACCAGGUUGGAAUGAUCCACCUAUCUUAACAACUGAUAAACCACGCCAAACAACCGUUUCACACAACCCUUAUUAUAAUCCUAUGGAAUUUGUUAAUUCACCUUUACCUCAACCGAAUAAUUCCGUAUCACCGUCGAAUUUUCCUCAACCAAUGACGGAACUAUACACAACUUCAAAUCCUCCUUUACCACCAGGAUAUCCUGUUACUGGAUUAAACGUAUGUCAACCUGCACCACUACCACCACCACCAGUUCAAAAUUCUAUCCCACCUAUAAAUGCUGAUAUAAUUCAUCCUCAGCAGCCCUUGCCACCGUUACCGACCCAUGUUCAACAGCAAUCAUCAUCAUCACUCAUGAGACCGCCAAUUCAACAGCCAUCGUAUUCACAAGUACAAGGAGUGCCUCACCAACAAGAACAGUACCCAAAUUAUUUCCAGCCAUCGGUUGAACAAACUUCUCAGUUUUCCAAUAUAUCGUCAUCACUACCACCUAUGUCGUCAGUCGUUCCACCGAACCCUUACUCUCAAUUUAAUAUUUGGCCUGCAGCUCAACCUUUGUCUAAUACUGUUAAAUCUGGGAUUAUCAAUCAAACUAUUGUUGAAAAUGCCAUAUCAUCAAAUUCUUUCAAUUCUUCAAAUAAUGACCAUAAUGAUGCACAGUCACUACAUAAUUUGGAUUCUACAAGUUUAAACACCGAUCCCAAUAAUAUUAAUAAUUAUUCAUUGCCGACGGAAUUCCAACCCAUACAAAAAGUGUUAUUUGACUUAAUUCAAAAUUGUCGUAAAGUUGGUGACAAACAUAAUCGUCAAAAAUUAACGGAUGUUGAACAUCGUCUGAAUCAAUUCUUUAUGAAUAUAUCUACUGGUCAAUUACAAUUAAAUCCUCCAUCAAUGGAAUAUUUACAUCACUGUAUUCAUUCCAUUGAAUCUAAUGAUUAUAUAAAUGCUUUACAACAAAUUAAUUUAUUUAUACAAUCUGCAAUACAAUUAUCAGAUAUUCAAUGUUAUGGACCAGCAUUAAAAAGAUUAAUUCAAACAGCUAAACAGUUGUCCAUUGAAAUAAACAAUACUACUACUACUACUACUAUUACUACCACUACUAAUGGAUAAACACAUAGAUAGCGGUGUUCCACUCUUCUAAUCUAAUCCAACCAUCUACUGUUCCCUAACACUUUAACAGAUUGAAGGAUUGGAGUGAGUUUUUGUUGGCUUCAAACGAUGUUGGCGAUUAGUUCUUUGUUUUCCUGUUGUUUUUCUUCUUUGUUCUUUGUUUACUUAUCAUUCUAUACUUUUUGUCGCUAACGGUUGAUUGUAUUGUGUAUACGUACUGAGUUUAAGUGAAGAAUUGGGGG